GGAAGUCCUGUCCACAAGCACCUGUGAUUCUCUCUAGAAAAGUUGAGAGGCAUAGCUUUCAUGCUUCUCAACUUCUCUAAAGAGAAUAGGCAUGGUUAUGCUUCUCGACUUUUCUAAAAAGAAUACUAGACUUGACAUCUACUUUACGUAUAUUUUUGUAACUGAAGUCGAAACCAUACUAUUGCAGUUCUCUGCUGAACGGAAAUAACCGAGUUAGUGCAAAGGAUCUUUUUCCGGAAUUUUAGUCUUUUUACCGUUGCAUGUUUUGUAUGCUACACAUACAAGAUGGUGGAAGCUGUGGUUGAGAUUGUAAACAUAAGCGGUAACAUGCCUUUCAGGCUUGAUUGAGACGAAAAUUUAAAGGAAAAACUGGAAAUCAAAACGUUGUUUUGUCUUUGCAUGCGGCUAUUAGCGUCAAGGACAUUCUGAAAAAUGGAAAUCAAAAUGGAUGCUGGUGAAAUGGUAAUGGCGGUAGCAGAUAAGCCGUAUCAGUGUAAUGUCUGCUUCAAGAGGUUUACCCAGAAGGCUCAUCUCACAACCCAUCGCCGAACACACACUGGGGAAAAACCCUACGCCUGCCACAUCUGUCAGAAAAGGUUUGCACAAUCUUCCCAUCUAAAUUCUCACAAACGUACCCAUACAGGAGAAAAGCCUUACUACUGUGUCAUAUGUAGCCUGGGUUUCUGUAGAAAGCAGCGGCUGGAACAGCAUCUCAAGGAAGUUCACAAUGAACAGCAGUGCUCCCUAUCCAAUCUAACGUCCACUGAGUUUACUCAAGGUUUCUCUGGACUGAAUUUCACUGAGUAUAAACCAGAUCCUGUUAAUCAGGCAAACCCAGUAACUGCCAGCCACCGAAGAAAACCAAAUGUUGUCAAUCGGUUCAGCAUUGAAGAUAGAAGUUCUGUGGGAUCCUCAGACAAUGCUGAAGAUGGCACGGAUAAAAUGGAGAAGAGUCCUCACAUCAAAGUGGAGAAUUCUGUAUCAUCUGUAGACAUGGAUAUGAUUGUACUCCCUCCAGAUGGCAUCCCGUUCUCAGAACCCAGCAGUUCAUCAGAACCCAAACCAAAGAAGUCGAGAAAAAAGACCAUCAAACAAGAGAGAAUAGAGGACAAGGACAUUAACUUCACUGACACACCACGAGACUCUGGAGACGAGGCGGAUGUUGGAGAUGGAGCCAGUGUCACUAGCGAGAGCAACAUGUCUGGUUCAGAAAUCAGUCUGUCUUCGUCUCCACAGAAAUGUCAGCUCUUUCCUGCCAUGAGUAAGAAUUCCAAAUUAAUGGCUCGCUAUAACAGCCUCUGUAAUAAACCCUCUCCUAGGCUCCUCAGUCCCUCCAUCGGCACCAACUCCAGAAUCUGCUUGGUUAAUUUUACCAAUGAGGAUCUCUUUACUCACAUGAUGUCGCGGGACGAUGUAUAUAAGUGCGAGUAUUGUUGUGUUAUAUUCCAAGAUGCAGCCAUGUAUCACCUUCACCGCAGCAUGCAUGAUAAAAUGGACAUUCGUUGCUGCAACAUGUGCGGGAAAUUAGCCAGUGACAAAUAUGACUUCAUAGCACACUACCUUAGUGAGCAUAAGUAACAUCAUCUGAUUUGAUCCACGGUUCUUCGGUUUGGUCCCUAUCUAUAAAAGUAUUUCUGUGGCGUGUAAGGCAGGUGACUUGGUACUUGAUUACUAGUGUUCAUAGUGUUUCACCAAUGCUACUGUAUUAUUGUGUAUGGAGUACCUCUACAAAAUGUACAGAAACUGUGUUCUUUAUUCAUUUGUUCUUCAGUGUACUGGAAAGCCUUUUUAUUUACAAUGGCAUACAUGUAUGUAGUUAUCAAUUAAAAUCAUGAUAUUUU